AUGAUUCCAGGGAUCGCGCCACGCCUCCCGACGCCAUGGGUACGGGUGAAGGGCUCAUGCAAGCGCCUCCUUGGCUAUCAUGUUCCUCUGCAGGACAUCCCAGAUGUUGCAUUUAACCCUGGAGACCGCGGGGUCACCCAGUCCGGAGCUGAACCUACUUUGGUCAACAAGAAGUCCACGGGCUCGUUGCGCGAUACAUAUCAGAUGAAUCUCUGCGACUCGUGCUCCCGGUUGGAGAUCCAACAACUCCCCCUCAACAGUCACCCGCGACCGCCGGGUUUCAAGCUGGGCACUCUCGGCCAAGUUUAUAGUCGCGCGAUCAAUUCUAGUUGCGCCCUCUGCGGGCUGAUUUUAGCGCACAUCUUGGCCAGUUCCUAUUUCGCGCACUAUGCGACAAAGGAUGGUGUCGCCGCAGACAAGAUCGAAUUACCCGUUUCUUUGCUGAGACAGGCAAAGGACAGUUUCAAAUCGAGAAAAGAGACCAGUCUUCACGGUUUCGAUGUUAGUUUCGGUCGCGACGGGCUGAUAUUCUCCGUCAACCUGUACGCUCCACGAGGCAGCCCAGCUGCAGUGUUUGGCGACGUCGCCAGCCGCGAUAUCUGCGUGCCUCUGGACGCCGAAUCACUGACUCCGAGUGAUCUUGCUAGCAAGUGGCUCAAUUGGUGUAAAGCUGGACAUGACGACUGCUACGAGUCGUUUUCAGGGGAGAGAAUUGAGGGCAAUCCAGAGGUGGCACCUCGACGCUUGCUUGCCAUCACGGCACCGCAGAAUCCCAAUGAACCCCCAUCAGUACGCCUCAUUGAACCAGCAAAGCCUUUUAGGGCACGGUACGUGAGUCUAAGUCACUGUUGGGGUCCUCCCGAGAAACGACCAUUGUGCACCCUCAAGGCGAAUCUUGAACAGCACAAGAUCCAAGUGCCUUGGCUACGUCUAUCUCAGACAUUUCGGGAUGCGUGUACACUCUGCUUGACCCUGGGCGUUGAGCUCAUCUGGAUAGACUCCCUCUGCAUCAUCCAAGAUGACCCGGCCGACUGGAGCCACGAGGCCGCCAUUAUGUGCAGAGUAUACGAGGAGUCGGAAUUCACCAUUGCCGCGUCCUCGGCGUCCAACUCGAGCCAGGGCUUAUUCGGCGUCCGGUCCAAUGUCAACUUUGUGGAGCUCCCAUACACGCACCGGGAGUCGGGCACGCGCGGUGCCAUCUAUGCCUACGAGCACCCGGUGGGCGCCAGCACCAUUUUCGAAAAGUCGUCCUUGAGCGGACGGGGCUGGGUUCUCCAGGAAUCUGUCCUGGCGCGCCGAACGAUGCACUUUACGGCGUUUGGCGUGUACUGGACCUGCGGCCGUGAUCCGGGGUACCAGCGUAACGAGUUCGAGGUCGGGACUGCCUACAUUGUGCCCAAUACCUGGAUGGCCAUGAUUCGAGAGUACACGCGACGUGAUCUUACAUACAAGUCGGACAAGAUGGUGGCAAUCCAGGGCUUGGCAGACGCGUGGGCGAAAAGGACCAAGAACAUCUAUUAUCACGGUAUAUUCCUCGAAGAACUGCCCUAUUGUCUGCUAUGGAUUGGCCGCGGGUCAGUGUUGGAGGCUCUGGUCCGGAAUAUCGGAAAUGGCGUUCCAUCCUGGACUUGGGCCUCUACUACUGGGCGCAUUGAAUUUGCCUCGAUAGCAGUCGAAGAUAAGAGCGCUUCAGAGGUAUUCUGCGGUGACAUUGAGCCGUCUACUCUCAUUUCUGGUGCGCUGCAUCUAAGGGCAAAAGUAAAGGAAGCCGCCUCAUUUCACGGGCCAUUUGAAUGCUUACCGACCACUGUCGAGGAGCUUCGAGGGGUGGAUCCAGACUCGGGUCUAUCAAUGAAGGAUCAAGACAGAGAAUGGUGUCAUCAUAGUAAUCACCCAGAGAGAUACUACAUGCUGAUGGCUAGCUCUGGAAAGGCCGUUGGUUGGGGAGCUUUCGAUGAGGGGCCCAAGAUCCCGACUGCCUCGGUAUGGUUUCUGCCACUGGUAAAGGCUCCAACGCAACCGUGGUAUAUGCCCCCUCUUGACACGGCUGAGCCAUCCUACUUGUGGUGCCUCUUGGUCUGCUACAAUCGCGACAGGAAUGUUUACCAGCGAGUCGGCUACGGUCGUCUACUUGAUACGACUUGGAUCAAGAAUGAGACAGAGCAGGAUGUGGUGCUAGCAUAA